UUGUAUCUUUUCGCCCGCAAUACGCAAUGGCGUUCAAGUUUAUUUUUGGUCUGAGUUUAGUGGUUUUGGCUAGUGCACUGCCUUCCAAGCCCGCAUUUUGGAAAGGCACCCCUUUGGAAUCUCAUAUCGAGAAGAUGAGGUCUGCAUGUGCUGACGAAGACUCAAUAGCGUGUUUCCAGUACAAGGCUUUUGCCUUUUUGGAUACGAUAUUGCAGAAAGACUAUUUCAAGUUUGGUGAGAUGGAAGUUAAACGUAAUAGCUAUUCUUCCAACGAAUUGUCAUCCAGAUCAGAAGGAAAUUUUGAAGAAGGUGUAGAGAAAUUCAUCAAGACUCAUGAUGUGAAGUUCACAGUGCCAGUUAUUGGUGACAUAACUGUUGAUUCCAAAGGAUUGGACAACGAUGAAAUUGGAUUGAAACUGAACUUUGGAUCUGGAAGUACAGUUGAAGCACGAAAGAAAUCAAAACUCAAGAAGAUUUUCAUCCCAAUUCUCGUCUUCCUUCUCCUCAAAGCCAUUACUCUAGUUCCUCUCGCAAUUGGAAUCUUAGGACUUAAGGCCUGGAAUGGUCUUCAACUUGCCUUCUUCUCCUUCAUUAUUUCCACUGGUUUGGCAAUCUUCCAGCUCUGUCAAAAGUUGGCAGCUGACAGUGCUCAUUCUACCGCUCAUAUCUCAGCUGCAGGACCAUGGGAAUCUGCAGCAGUCGGACCCUAUGCUGCUAGGAGCCUGAAUGAAGCACAGAACAUGGCCUACUCAGCAUAUGUACAAUAAUCUCGAAUGAAUCACUUAUUUAUUUGUUAAGUUUCAAUAAAAAAUUAUUU